GUGUUUUGAAAUGUCGCAAAUAAAGCUUCUAAAGUUUGCAUUUUGUUAAGGUUAUAUUGUUUUUCAACUUUUUAAAAAUAUUUUAUAGUAAACUAAUUAAUAAGCAAAAUGUCGAUCGUUGCACGAGUUUGCGAGAAAACAGUUUAUUCCUUCAAACCAAUAGCAAACCACAUUACGAUUGUACGUACGAUUACAAAGGCAAAAAAACCAAACACGUCAUGGGAUACGUACGAUAAAGAUGGAUACAGGAUAUUGAAUCUGGUUCCUAAAAAAGCGCAGAGGGAGUUAAGAACCAUUAAAAAGUAUGAAUGUUUACCCCCAAGAGAAAAACAAAUGCCAGUAGAUCAAGAUUGGUCCUCUGUGUGGCCAGGCCAGAGGUCGUUUCAUCCGGCUGUAGUCCCUCUUCCUGUGAGGCAAGGAUAUCCGAUGCCAGGUCAGGGCCCGCCCGGGAAAUAUGCUAAUGCAGAAUUGAUGAAAAUACCAAACUUUCUGCACUUAACACCUCCGGCUAUUAAAAGGCAGUGUGAAGCUUUAAAGCAAUUUUGCACAGAGUGGCCUCAAGAGUUAGAAACUGAUGAAAAAUGUACCAAACACUUUCCCUUAGAAGUCAUUACUUCUGACUACUUAUACUCAGGACCAUCCAUCCGAGACCCAUUGGCAAGGAUCGUUAGUUUUAGAUUAAAAUUGUCAAGCUUGGAGCUUGAUUCUCACGCCAAAGACAAAAUAUUGAGGUUGCUACAGCAUAGAUACGAUCCAGAAACAGACCUAAUAACUCUUGUGGCAGAGCGCUGUCCAUUGAGAAAACAAAAUUAUGACUAUGCUGAAUAUCUCUUAACUGCACUAUAUCAUGAAUCUUGGAGAAAGGAGGAUUGGGAAGAUGAGAAAACUUUGGCUGAUAUGGAAUAUUAUGACUGGGAUAAAGAACAAAGUAGGAAAAACCUUGUAACAGUAUACACUUGGCCGGAAGUACCGCAAGAUUAUGAUUAUGAGCAAAUACCACAUGCUACGGAGUACAAAAUUGCUGUUACUGAUUUAAUAAAUAAUGGCGAAGACGAAUAUGCUGUUAACAAAUACAAAGAAGCUGUAAAGAAAUUAUUGUUUCUCAAGCCAGAGACAAAAGAUACCGAAGAUAAAUAA